AUGGGCAUGUCCCCAUCGACGCAUAGGUUCUGCUGGGUCAUCAUCGUCGGUGCAUCAUGGGAAACCGCCGCCUUCAUUCUCCGAACCCUCGGAGCCCACGACCAGCAGCAGAUUGGCUAUCAGAUUGGCGGACAGCUGCUCUUCCUCCUCGCACCGCUCUGGAUCAACGCGUUCGCGUACAUGCUGGCAGCCAGGCUCGUGUACUUUGUCCUGCCUGACCAGAGAGUUUUCCGCGUCAAGGCCACCGCGCUCACCAAGAUCUUCGUGGCCAUGGACAUUGUGUGCUUCCUCGUGCAGGCUGUGGGCGGCUCCAUGAUGUCCAACACGGAGGUCUCCUCGGACGACCCCAUCCUGCGCACCGGCCAGCAGCUCUACAUGAGCGGGUGCGGGCUGCAGCUCGCCUUCAUCGUCGUCUUCUGCGGGCUGAUGGGCCGGUUCUACGUGAAGAUGCAACGGGCGCAAAGGUUCGACCUCGACUUGAAACGGGUGAAGGCCCUCGUCUGGGUCAUGUACGUGGUGCUGGUGCUCGUCAUCAUCCGGAUCAUCUUUCGACUGGCUGAGUUCGGACCUGGGGCCGACAUUGAGAACCCCAUCCUUACCAACGAGAACUACGCAUUCGGGCUCGACGCACUGCCCAUGGUGCUCGCGCUCGUGCUCCUCAACGCCGUGCACCCGGGUAUCGUGCUGAGGGGCGAGAACAGCGAGUUCCCGAGGCUGUCGAGGAAAGAGAAGAAGCAGAUGAAGCGGGAGAAGAAGGAAACCAAGAAGGCAGCGAGGGCGGAGAAGAAGCAGAGAAAGGCUGGCAAGCUGGUCACUGAAGGGCAAACAUAUGGCAUGGAGGAGAGGAGCCCGUUGACAGACAACCCGUACGACACAGACGAGCGGUCUAGCUCGCCGCAGAGGGAUGCACGUUUAAGUCAGGCCGGGCGGCGGUGA